AUUAACAGCCGAUGUUUGUCAGUGUGGUUAAGAGCCGCUGUGGCUACCAGGCAUCCCAGUGUGAGGGGCCAGUUGCUAAGCCACACAAAUUCACGUUCUCUCUUAGUCUCUCUGGGGGGAAGUUUUGAAAAAUACACGGUGAAAUAAGACAAAAAGAUGCAUUGUCUUGAAAGAGCAAGCAACUGGACCACUUUAGAUACACCGAGCUUUUGAGAGCUCUCGCAGACACUGCUGUAAGAAAAGACACCGUUACACAACAUGGGGAAUCGGGAAAAGUAAACAUUAAAGUUGAGUGAACGUGUCCUGCCCAAGCUCAUUUAGAGGAGGAUGAAGACCAUUUUGGAAGAAGAGAAACCGUCUUGUUGAGAAGGUGGCAAACAGGCCAACAAAAUAUUUUCAGGAUGAUUUUAUUAUAUCGAGUGGUACAUUUCAUUUUAUUUGCCUCAGUUUCCAGUGCUGGAAUGGGAAUUCAGAUAUUUUUCUGAGAAUCUACAGUUCCUGUUCCUAAACUGGCCCAUUUUAAAUAGUGAGGUGAUACAGUGUAUCACAGCCAGGGCCAUCAAACACUAUUGAAAAACCAUCACUCUGGAUCUUUUGUUUCAUAUAAACAAGGAGUUUUGACAAACAAGCAACAGGGAAAGGGAAAAGCAGGCGGCCCCUUCCAGACUUGGAUGUGACCCUAAGGAACAUCUUUGGCCAGGAAAGCGCUGAGAAACUAUUCAGUUACCCGCAAAGCACCCUCAUCUCCAAGAUAAUCCCUCAGAAGCACAGUUCCAUCGAGGCAAAUGUGCCAUUUUGCGAUUUCUUUUUCUGUCUGAGGCUGCUCAUCCAAUCAACCAACAUCAAAGUGUUGAUUGCUCUGAUUUCCAAGUUCAGGCGCAUUUCCUGGGAAGUAGACCUACUUCGCUUGCCUUUGUGAGAUUAUUAUCUAAUUCGAUACGUGCAACUAAAGCCCCCAAUAAUUCAUGCCACGUAUUACAUCACAGAAUGUGUGACUAAGCUGUUCACAGAUACCGGCUUUCAAGGAGGAGACAUGACUACCAUUUUCACACCAAGCGCCAAGCACUGUCAGCUUAUUUGCACCCACCAUCCGAGAUGUCUGCUUUUCACCUUCAUGGCUGAAUCGUCGUCGGAAGAUCCUACCAAAUGGUUUACUUGUAUCCUGAAAGACAGUGUAACAGAAACACUGCCAAGGGUGAAUAUGACAGGAGCAAUUUCUGGAUAUUCUUUCAAGCAAUGCCCACAUCAAAUAAGUGCUUGCCACAGGAAUUUGUACGUGGACCUGGACAUGAAGGGCAUGAACUAUAAUAGCUUGAUGACCAGGGAUGCCCAGGAAUGCCAAGAGAGAUGCACGAAUGAUGUGCACUGUCACUUUUUCACAUAUGCGACGAGGCAGUUUCCAAGCACGGAGCAUCGAAACAUUUGUCUGCUGAAGUACACCCACAUGGGGACACCAACCAGAAUAAUGAAGCUCACUAAAGUGGUGUCUGGAUUUUCACUAAAAUCCUGUGCGCUUUCUAAGCUGGCUUGUAUCAGGGACAUUUUCCCUAGUACGGCAUUUGCAGACAGUAACAUCGACAGUGUCAUGGCUCCGGAUGUCUUUGUCUGUCGCCGCAUUUGUACUCACCACCCCAGUUGUUUGUUUUUUACCUUCCUUUCUCAAGAAUGGCCAAAAGAAUCUGAAAGAAAUCUUUGUCUCCUAAAAACAUCUGAAAGUGGAUUGCCAAGUACACGCAUUAAGAAGGACAAAGCUCUUUCUGGUUUCAGUCUGCAAACCUGCAGGCACAGUGUCCCAGUGUUCUGUCAUUCCUCAUUUUACCACGACACUGAUUUCUUGGGAGAAGAACUGGACAUUGUUGACGUGAAAGGGCACGAAGCCUGCCAGAAAAUGUGUACCGACUCCAUCCGCUGCCAGUUUUUUACCUAUUCGCCAUCUCCAGAAUCUUGCAACGGAGGGAAGGGUAAAUGUUACUUAAAACUCUCUUCAAAUGGAUCUCCAACAAAAAUACUUCAUGGGAGAGGAGGCAUCUCUGGAUAUACGUUAAGGUUAUGUAAAAUGGAUAAUGUGUGUACGACCAAAAUCAAGCCCAGAAUUGUUGGAGGAGAGGCAUCUGUUCAUGGUGAGUGGCCAUGGCAGAUAACUCUGCAUAUCACAUCACCUGCCCAGAGACACCUGUGUGGAGGCUCCAUCAUUGGAAACCAGUGGAUACUAACAGCUGCCCACUGUUUGAUUGGGUUAGAGUCACCUAAAAUCUUGCGUGUCUAUAGUGGCAUUUUAAAUCAAUCAGAAGUUAAAAAGGACACAGCUUUCUUUGGGGUUCAAGAAAUAAUAAUUCAUGAUCAAUAUGAAAUGGCAGAAAGUGGGUAUGACAUUGCCUUGUUGAAACUGGAAACGGCAAUGAAUUACACAGAUGCUCAGAGACCCAUAUGUCUACCUUCCAAAGGAGAUCGAAGUAUAAUAUACGCUGAGUGCUGGGUGACUGGAUGGGGGUACAGAAAAUUAGGAGACAAAAUACAAAAUACUCUCCAGAAAGCUAACGUACCCUUGGUGACAACCGAAGAGUGCCAGACAAGAUACAGAGGGCACAAAAUAACCAAUAAGAUGCUCUGUGCAGGCUACCGAGAAGGAGGGAAGGAUGCUUGUAAGGGAGACUCGGGGGGCCCCCUGUCCUGUAAACACAACGACGUCUGGCACUUGGUGGGCAUCACCAGCUGGGGAGAAGGCUGCGGUCAGAGGGAACGGCCCGGGGUUUACACCAAUGUGGUUGAGUACGUGGACUGGAUUUUGGAGAAAACUCAAGCGGUGUGAAAGAGUCCCCAGAUGUCAUUUGACCCCUGAAAGGCAAACCAGAGUAUUCCCGGGAGGAGGGUUUUGAUUUGACUGAAGAAGACAGACACCGAGCCUCCAUGUUCCUCCGCGGGAUCCAGGGUCAAGACAGUAAGGCGUUGAGGGGCCUUGGUAUUUGUGAGCCACUCGUCAAAAGACACAAGCUGUCAUUUCCACAAUUCCCAUUGUAUGCUAAUCAUAGUUUGUUUUCAGCAUCCAGUCUCUUGCCUUUUGAUCACACUUUACUGAGCCAAAGAAAUCCGAGACAGUGGUAUUUUUUAAGAUUAAAGGAUUGCCAGAUAUACCAGGAAAGAAGCGAGUUGUGUCACCGGAGGCUCGGGUAGAAUGGCCAAAGCAACCACCAUAAAGAGAUUUGUUAGGUGAGAAAUGGGGGCUGGAGAAAAUGGGGACAAGGACCGUCACCAUCAACUUGCAAGAAUCCGUACUCUGCCUACGUGAGUAUCCUCCUUCUGUAAAGGAGGAACUUGAUGAGAUUCAAUGGCAUGUUUUCAGAAUGAUCAGGAAUCUUUGUCAUUUCAACUUUUAAUAUGUUUCUGAAUUAGUUUGGGUAGAUAUAAGCCAUCAGCGAGCAUGAAUGUGGACUCCAGAAUUUCUGUAUGGGAAAGGAUUAAGGGUAGCAGUUUACCUGGAAGUGGUAGCUUAGGGGAAGGAUCUUUUUUUUUAAUUUUUUAAAACAUUUAUUCAUUUUCGAGAGACAGAGCAUGAGUGGGGGAGGGGCAGAGAGAGAGGGAGACACAGAAUCCGAAGCAGGCUCCAGGGUCUGAGCUGUCAGCACAGAGCCCGACGAGGGGCUCAGACUCACGAACCGUGAGGUCAUGACCUGAGCCGAAGUUGGUCAUUCAACCAACUGAGUAACCCAGCCACCCGUCUUAGGGGACGGAUCUUAAAAGUUGUACUUGCCUAGAAAAUUAUAGGUGUGUAGAUUGUAUACUUAGUGUGAUUCUGGGUCAGGGAGGCUGAUAGAGAUGAAGGGAGUAAGCUAGAACCUUCCUAAGAGAAGCUGCCACUGUGGGUGUAAGUUUACAAAUUGACCUUUACAGAUAACAAAGGGAUUGGACAGAAUUCAAUACAAAAUACAUCCAUACUACAGGGAAAAACCACUUUGGGAACAAGUGGAUGGUUAUCACGGAGCCCUCAUUACCUUCAAAACAGCUCCCUGUAUACUAAGUACUGGGGUUUUCCCUUUAGUGUGAGUAUUUGCCCGGUUAUGGUUUCUGAUGAGGUGCAUUGACUAGAAUCUGCACUGUCUCCACUGCAAUUUUCACCCUGUGUCAACAACUAUACGUCUCGUCCAAGAUGAAAAAUAUCUAGUGAGCACACUGAACGAUGAGGACACCGUGGUUAGCAUAUGUAACUAUGUCCCUACUUUCACGGAGCCCCAGGCUAGUUAGCAUGAACAAUGCGAAUAAGCGAAUUACACAAGUAUAAAAUGAUUUUACACUUGAAUGAGAGGGAUGCACAGGGCUCUAUGACGAGAGAGAAAGAGCAUUUGGGGGCAGGUUCAAAGAUUGGGACAAGAAGGAGUUUGUGCUGAGGAAGACAAAACACAACCAAGGGCAAACAAAACCCCACAUCAAAAAGGCUGGGGUGCUAUAAGGGGGCCAGAUCUGAAACACUUGCAGAUUCAAACAGGACUGGAACGGAAACUUGAAUGCCAUUGAGAUUACCAAACAGUACUAAUAAUCGUCUCAUUAUCUGUUUAUUUACCUUAGUAGUCUUGAUGUAACACUUCACAGUAAAGAAAAAAAAAAAGUUAGGAUAUAAUUCCUCGGAAGAAGACAUCUUUCCUUUAUAUUCCCCAUUUGUGUCUUUUUGUUGUUCCAAAGGAGAGGAAGAAGCCUUCAAGUUGGAGGGGAACACGUGUCACUGAUCCAUUUCUGAAUAAACGUUUGGUGUUCUUUAAAAGAGAGACAGAGAGGAAAGAGCUUUCUGCAAAGUCUUUCCUGAAAAGUAUUUGAGAAAAGCACACACGUUAGUUUUGUCAGACUUAACGUUGCAAAAGACCUCAGUUUUUGAACAGUGAGUAUAUGCCCACGGUUCACAAAUGAAAUCAUGGAAAGAAGGUAUAAAAAAUACAGUGAGAAGGUCCCCUGGUCCGCACCAAAAGAUGACACGCUCUGUAUGCUGUUCAGCACUGCUCUCUUUUCCAUGUAAUGUUUUGCCUUGGAAUAGUUCUGAUCGGGAUGGACAGGGCUUCCUCAGUCUGUGAUUUUACAAAAAUAUGGUAUCCCAGGGCGGGGAUUCCACACACCAGCCCCUCCAGAUGGAUACUUGGGUGGUUUCCAGUUUUUUUUUCACUCAUCCACAUGCAUGCAGGUAAAUUUACAGCAUGUAUCCCAGAAGUAGAAUUUCUGAAAACAAAACAAAAACCAUGACUGCAUUUGUAAUUUUGAUACCUAUUAUCCAAUUUUUCUCCAAAAACUUGCGGCAAUUGUCUCCGCCAUUAGCAAUGUAAGAGAGGGUCACGCUUUGGCUAACAUUAUGACAUUACACUUGGGAAUUUGCUUUUUAAUUUUUUGAUUUGUUAUUCUUGAGAGAGAGAGAGAGAGAGAGAGAGAGAAUUCCACAAGGAGCAGAGAAAGAGGGAGAGAGAGAAAAUCCCGAGUGGGGCUUGAGCUCACCCAAUGUGGGGCUCAAACUCACGAACUGUGAGGCCAUUACCUGACUCAAAGUUGGAUGCUCAAACUUGGGAGCCCAACAGGUGGAAAAAGAUGUCUCAUUGUAGUUUUAUUUUUGCAAUUUUCUUGAUAUGAAAGUCACUAAACAUCACAUGUAUAAGGCUGUCAACUUACUAACAGCUUAAUUUCUUAUUUAACUGUUAAAAUUAGUUGUUACCAUGUUGACAAAAAUAGAGCAUGAUCCUUGCGGUUUUAUAAACAUGUUAAGAAUUCUUGCAAGAAAAUAAAAGUUCCAGAGCUUCUCUGGUUCAAACCGGA